ACGCUCGUUCCAAAUUUUUGACUAUAAUCCGACCUAAAAAAAAACUCUUUAUAACUAUACUUUGAGUCAAGGAUGCGUGCGUGAUCAUAGACAAAAAAAAGAUUUACUCUGCUAGAUAAUCUCACGAGGUUCAUUGCCAAAGUGCGUAAAUGUGCUCAUGUCCUGCUCCAAACAAAUAUGUAUAAACAAUUACAAACUAAAUGUUGUCGAAACCUCAAAAACACCUUCAUCAGACCCAUAACAACAACAACAACUGAUUAUGUCUACGUUAACAAUCGCAAAAUUGAUGCUUUCAUAAAAUCAAAAAACCCAAACUCAGCACUUGAACUGUUCCACAACAUGCAAAUCCGUGACACUGUCACCUACAACUUGCUUAUUUCAUCAUCCUCUUGUUUGCCACCCAAGAAAGCUUUUAAACUUUAUGCUGAAAUGGGUUUGUUUGGAAUAACUGAAACUUCAACUACUUUUGCUUCUGUUAUAGCUCUUUGUACAAAUAAUGGGUUUUGGAACGAAGGUUCUCAGGUUCAAUGUAGGGUUAUAAAGUUUGGAUUUUUGAACAGUGUGUUUGUUGGUGGUGCACUUGUUGGGUUCUAUAUGAAUUUUAAGUUAAGUCGGGUUGCACUUGAACUGUUUGAUGAGUUGUCUGAGAGAAAUUUGGCUGUUUGGAAUGUGAUGUUACGUGGGUUUUGUGAAAUGGGUUGUGUGGUGGAAGAGUUACUUGGACUUUACUCUAGGAUGUGUUUUGAAGGUGUGGACCCAAAUGGGGUUACUUUUUGUUAUUUGCUUAGGGGGUGUAGUAGUAAUAGAAGGUUUCAUGAAGGGGAGAUGCUUCAAAGCUGUGUUUUCAAGAUGGGUUUGGUGGAAUCUAAUGUUUUUGUUGCUAAUGCUUUGGUGGAUUUUUACUCUGCAUGUGGGUGUUUUGUUGGUGCAAGGAAGUGUUUUGAAGGGAUAAAAGUUGAGGAUGUUAUUUCAUGGAACUCUUUGGUUUCUGUUUACGCAGACAAUAAUUUGGUAAUUGAUGCUUUGGAGUUUUAUAAUUUUAUGCAACUUUGGGGACAUAGGCCGUCGGUUCGUUUGUUUGUUGGUUUUUUGAAUUUAUGUAGUAGAACUAAGGACAUUGGUUUGGGGAAACAGAUUCAUUGUUGUGUUAUGAAAUAUGGUUUUGAUGAAAGGAGUGUGUAUGUUCAAUCUGCUUUGAUUGAUAUGUAUGGAAAAUGUUUGGACAUUGAGAGUUCUGUAGAUGUAUUUGAAUGGCUUCCUAAGAGAACUUUGGAGUGUUGUAAUUCAUUGAUGACUUCUUUGUCUCAUUGUGGUUGUAUUGAAGAUGUGGUGGAAUUGUUUGGUUUAAUGGUUGAUGAAGGUCUUAUGCCAGAUGAAGUAACUGUCUCGAUGACAUUGAAGGCAAUAUCGGUGUUUGCUUUGGCAAGUUUUACUAGCACUCAGUUACUGCAUUGUGUUGCAUUGAAAUCUGGAGUUGAAGGAGACGCUGCGGUUCUGUGUUCCCUUAUGGAUGCAUAUUCAAGAUGUGGACACGUGGAACUUUCUCAUCAGAUUUUCGAGACAAUUCCAACACCAAAUGCCAUUUGCUUCACUUCUAUGAUCAAUGGUUAUGCCCGAAAUGGAAUGGGAAAAGAAGGACUUUCGUUGCUUCAUGCUAUGAUCGAGAAAGGAGUAAAACCGGACGAAGUUACCUUCUUAUGUGCAUUAACGGGGUGUAGCCACACCGGACUGGUCAAGGAAGGAAAAGUACUCUUUAACUCAAUGAAAUCUGUUUACGAUGUUCACCCAGAUCGGCGACAUUUUUCAUGCAUGGUGGAUCUUUUAUGUCGCGUAGGACUUCUACAUGAAGCCGAAGAGUUUCUUCUAAAGGCACAGGGAAAAGGAGACUGUUUUAUGUGGAGCUCUUUGCUCCAAAGUUGCAGGGUUCACAAGAAUGAAGAGGUUGGAACAAGAGCAGCACAAAUGUUGGUUGAUCUAGAUCCAUAUGACCCUGCAGUGUGGUUGCAAGCUUCAAAUUUCUAUGCAGAGAUAGGAAAAUUCGACGCCUCAAGACAAAUAAGAGAAGUCGCUCUAGCCAGAAAGAUGUAUAGGGAGAUUGGUUGUAGUUUAAUUGAGAUAAGAAAGUGACAGAAGAAGAAAAUAGAGUUCCUGAAUUGAUGAAUCAUCUUGCUCAUUAUUCACACAAGCUAAAACAAUCAUGGCAAAUUUUUCUAUACUUGUGAUGAAUGUUUCCUCAUAUGGUAAGGUCUUGUCCAUUUCUUGCUAUCCUAAGAUUUAAGGGAAAGGUUUCUUUUGUGGAGUUUUUUGUGGACAUGCCAAGAAAGUGAGCGUCGGCAUUUGUAUUCCCUUGUUUGGUGUAACAAACUUAAUUAUUUCAAAAAUAGAAAAAUAUUUUUCCA